GGGCGUCAUUGGCAAUGUGGCGCUCGGUUUUACUCUUCACGCUUAUAAUUCGAUCUCUUUCUUCGCUAUAAAAUUUAAGAUUGUCUUGCUGACCUAUUUUAUUGCCAAGAAAUCUCUCAUACAAAAUGCAAAUAAAAGGGCUGAAUCGUGCUUUAAUAGCAACAUGUUUACUUGGUAUAUUAGUCUCUACGUACGCACUCUACGUGGAGAUGGCGGCCGAGAUGAAGCCGGGGUACAAAGCCUUGUGCGAUAUUUCUGAACAUGCGAGCUGUUCUAGAGUAUUAACAUCGAAGUAUGGAAAGGGAUUGGGUAUUGUGCCCAAAGAUUCACCAUUUAAACUACCGAACUGCGUGUACGGAGUUAUGUUUUAUUCAAUUAUGAUAUUUUUAACUACUUUCGACGUGACGUCAGCAGUAAAAGUGCAGAUUGGCUUAUCAAUUACAUCAUUGGCAACGUGCAUUUAUUUAGCGUAUUUACUCAUUUUUGUACUUCGUGAUUUCUGUGUCGUUUGUGUGUCUACAUAUUUGCUUAAUAUUAUAAUAGCUAUUUUAUUAAACAAAAAAUACAACGGAUUAACUACUAAAAAUAGGUAAAUCUGUUUUAAUAAUAUUUUAUUUACAUUGAGCAUAGCGCCAUCUAUUAUCGAAUAUAUGUACUAUUAAGUUUCAACGCGACCUGCGUUGUCUGCUUUUAUUUAUUGUUCAUACUACUCAAUAGAUGGCGGCUGCUCAACGUCGUGAAUUGUAAUAUAUUUUUAUGCUAAGCAAGAUUCGUAUAUAAAUAAAAAAAUAUAUGUCACAUAUUCCAUUAA